CAGUACUGUUUUUUUAUUGAUGGAACUGAUUCGCCUAACCCAAAGGAACAAAAUCUUGUCAACAAAAAAGAUUUAAAACUACAGGCAUAGGCUUAUAUAUGGGACAUUCAUAGAAAAACGAUGUUGUUGGCUAAAUAUAUCCUAUAAGGAACAGCAAUUUUGAUCACGACUGCGUAGUCAACUCAAUUUAACGUAGCGUCAAAACCUAACUAUAUUAUAUAUGGUCCCACUCCUCCUGUGUCGCCCCCCGUCGUCUUUCUCGCAGAUGGUGUGUAAGUUUGCCCCUCCGUGUUGUUGCAAUAACCUCACGGUACCAGAUUUCUCACCCUCACGCUGGGGCGCACUGUUUAUACAACUGGAGAAGUCUUCACACCAAAAUGUCCAUAGCAGUCUCUAUCCCAAUCAUUUGGCAAACAGCACCAAACCCCCUCUCAAAACAACCUCCGAUCAUUUGGCAUCGGCACCAUCGCCCAGCCCCGCCUCUGCAGCACCAGCUCCAUAUAAACCCCGAGAGCGAGUCUCCUUCAUUCAUUCACUUCCCUCAGGAGGACAACGACUCACCCACAGCGUGCAUCGCUAGGAGAUCUUCCAAAACAGGACUAUUUGGGACUAUCGCCAAGAAAGAAAAGAGAGAAAGAUGAAUUCGGUGUGCUUUGCCGCUCCAAUUUCCAAUACUAUGAACAAGCAGUCAACCAGCCCAGCUUCCCUGUGGAGACCGUGGCUCGUGACCAGAAAAGAUGCUCAAACUGAAUGCCGGAAAACCAAGCUGGCUUGUCCUUACUCCAGGCCAGAAGUGCCCAGUAACACUACAACAGAUGGCAAGAUGCAAUCUUUCCAGCACCCUGUCAGGCUGUACUGGCCCAGAUCGAAAUCCUACGACUACCUCUUCAGCGACGGCGAGGCCCUGCUCAGAAAUUUCCCAGUGCAGGCCACCAUUAACUUCUACGAUGAGUCAGACAGCGAGGAGGAGGAGGACAGCUGUGACGAAGAUGACGACAGCGACGUCGAGGAGUGUCUUAAACUUAACGGCCACUUCACCAGUUACAACUGAGCAUCCGCUGUCUCUGCAAAUGUGACUUUACGCUGAGGAAAAGUUCAUAAAUUUAACAUCGACGCUGGAUAAUGCCACAUCGUGCUCUAUUAGAGAACUCGUGCCAUCAAUAAUUCAUCGCAUGGACAUGGUCUGUCUUUCUUGUGAGCAUCUAAAGCACAACCAGAAUGAUUUUACUGAUUGUUUUAUGCAGGAAACACUAAUGCCGAGACUUGCAUAAAUGUAUUUCCUGUUAGGAACAGUGAAAAUUCAUUCCCACAUUGGGAAUUGUUGUUUUUAGAGCAAUCUCAGGAUUCUUCUUUUUGUAUAUAAAAUUCUAUUUGUAUUCUAUUACCCAUCCCUAACUUAUGAUUUAUGUACAUUUGAUGUAUAUAUGUAUUUAUGGCAUAUUUUUCUACUUUUGUACUUUUGAUUUAAAAUAAAAUCUAUU